GAAAGACGAAGACGACGGUCUGAACGGUCGCGUUUUUCAUGUUCUCCGCUACCAAGGAUUUAUCGGCCAUGGGCCGAGGUGUUGCUCAGGCUUCAGCCAGCGGCAAUGACUACCGUGUUGUACUGCCUCGCCUUCCCACCGGUAAGCUGGUUGUGGAUUCGAUUUUUCUACAUGCGGACUUAGCUGGUCGCCCUUACCGGGUUCAAGACUUCAGAGAUGCUCUUCGGGAGAUUAUCGACUUGAAGGAAAUAAGCUCGAUAGGUCAAUUCCAAAUGUCACAUGUUUGGAUGGUCACGUGCAAGUCAACGCUAACGAAAACAAAGUUGGUCACAAGAGGUGAAUUUUUCGUCAAAAAUCGUCGAUGCCUCGUGAUUGACCCGGAGCCUACGGAAGUAAAGAUGAAACUUAUGUGGCUUCCUGAGCACUUGGAAGACGCCUAUAUUCGCGAGGCACUGCAAGUGUUUGGGAAGGUCAAGACAAUAUCAAAAGAAAGCUGGAAAGUAGCGGACAUGGAGCAAAUGCAGACGCUAAACCGUGAUGUUGUUUUGUCCCUUGCCGAUGGAGUCCGUGUUGGCGACGUUCCCCACAUUCUUUAUGUCUGUGGAGUGCAAAGCCUCGUCCUGAUCCCUGGCCGCCCACCACUUUGUCUUCGGUGUAGUAAGGUUGGACACAUCCGUCGAAAUUGCAGGACUCCUCGCUGCGACGACUGUCGACGCUUCGGCCAUUCCGCUGAGGACUGUGUUGUGACAUACGCUAACAAACUGAGGCAGCGUACGCAACAGCCAGAUGAUAGCCUACAAGAGCAUAUCAUGGAUGCCACCGAGGUUCUGGAUGCAACAGGAGACACACCGUCAACUUCAGAUUCUGCUGGCUCCUCCAAGAAGGAUCCAGAAGUGACAAGAAAUUCAAUUGCUGUUGACACAGUUGCAACUUCUGAGUGCAAAGAACCAGGUGCAUCUUGCAAGCAGCUGAUCCAAAAUAGCUCCGAACAGCCUCAAGCACAAGGAAAAGUCCCCACGAAGAAUGACGCUGCGCUGACCCAAAAUGGCACCGAAGAGCCUCUAGCACAGGAAAGAGACCUUAGGAAGGAUCCUGCUGAAGUUGCUUCACCUGCUUGCGCUGCAGCUCCGCAGCAGCCUUUUCAUCAUGGUGUGGCGUUAGAUGAAGAUAUGCAGGCUUCUGUGGAUACGACAGUACCCAAACGCCGCGCGACGUACAGCUCGGAUUCAAGCAAGGAGAGUGACCCAGCGACAGUCAGUAGGAAGUCACGCCGUCGCCGAACGUCCCCGCACCAUGGGAAGUGUCGGCGAUCCCGAUCUAGGAGGCCUGAGGGGGGUUCAAGGGAAGCCUCACCAUCAACCCUCAGGACUGAUCACAUGGGACAAUAA